UAGUGACUCUCGGCUUGCAGAACCCGGAAGGAGCCGCAGAAUAUGACAACACACCGGUGUUUUGUAGAGAUCUUGCGGCGCCAUUGAUUUGGUGGUAUAAGUUCCCAUGCUCGGGUACCUGGCAGCCGCUGCGCUGUGUGUGGCAGCAGUGUUACUUGUACGGACAGACGUGAGGUUUCUGGCCGAUGUCCCCGGUCUGAGCUCUCUAUGGUGUGAGCAAUGUAUGGUGAGCGGGGGAAGGCUGAUGAGUAAAGAGGAGCUGUCCAGCUAUGAUGGGAGAGCGGCCAGUCCUGGGCUAUACCUGGCUGUGCUGGGACAAGUCUUCGAUGUGUACAAGGGAAGCAAGCACUAUGGGCCUGGGGGGUCCUACAGCUUCUUUGCAGCAAGAGAUGCAUCGCGUGCUUAUGUAACUGGGGACUUCGCAGAGCAAGGCCUUGUAGACAAUGUGUCGGAACUGUCACCCACACAGAUGCUGCACCUCCACAACUGGUAUAACUUCUAUCAGAAGAAUUAUACUCCAGUCGGGAAACUCAUAGGGAGGUUUUAUGAUGAGCAAGGAAAUCCCACAAAGGCAUUGGAGGAUGCACUAGGAAUCAUUGAUAUUGGAUUAAAGCUGAAAGAGCAGAGGCAAGAGGAGAAUAAACAAUUUCCACCCUGUAAUUCCGAAUUUAGUGCUGGUGUCACUAAAGUAUGGUGUUCUAAGCACAGUGGUGGAAUACAGAGGGACUGGGUUGGCGUUCCCAGGAAAUUGUAUUUAGCUGGCUAUGAUGGCUAUCGCUGUGUUUGUGUCAGGACGACUGGGCCUCCAUCAGAACAUCUAGAAUCUAAAGAACACAAUGAUAAAGGAGAUCUAGAUAAUCCUUCCCUUCAGGAAUAUAAAGACUGCAAUCCACUAUUUGACUGGUGUCUACUUAAAGAAUAAGGAGUUCAUUGUGUAAUCAUUUAUAAACACUGACUUUGAAGAAACAAUAGACGGUCUACUUUAAACAAUGCAGUGAUGUUAAACAGAAAGAAUUAACAUUUCAAACUGGCGUCAAUAAAAAGUGCAUGAACUCUGUGUGGUUUGCACACCAUUGCAUGGGCAGGUCCAGCAAGAAAUGAGCGCCAGUAAAACACACACGUUUUGACUAUGUUCCUUGAUUAUUCGUCCUUUGUUUAUUAAAAGAAUAAAUAAA